AUGGGGACUUCCCAUGGUGAAGAGGACAGAUUGAGCGUUCUUUAUGAAGCAUCACGCAAAGGAUCUGUAUCAACUUUGAACUCACUUUUACCAAAAGAACCAUUAAUCCUCCACAAGAUCUCACAAAGUGGCUUCACCGAAACUCCUUUACAUAUAUCAGCCUUGCUUGGCCACCUUGAAUUUACCAAGGCACUUGUCACAUACAAACCCAGACUAGCCAUUGAGGUUGACUCUUCCCAGAACACACCCCUCCACUUGGCUUCUGCAGAAGGUCAUACCGAAAUCGUGAAGGAACUUCUUAAAGUUAAUGACAAGCCAUGCUCGUUUCCUAAUGAAGAGGGCAAAAUUCCUUUGCAUUAUGCAGUUAUGAGAGGGAGAUUAGACGUUGUGAAAGAGUUGGUGAACGCGAAGCCUGAGUCUCUGAGCUUUCUUGAUAAUGGAAACACUGUUUUUCACUUGUGUGUGAUACACAAUCAUUUGGAGACUCUCGAGUGUUUGGUGGAAUUGGAAGUUGCCAUUUCUGGGAAGCUUCUUAACUUCGCGAUUUCUGAUGUAGUGGGCAACACCGUUUUCCAUUUAGCUGUCGCAUCCAAGCAAGUUGAGGUGUGA